AAUAAGAUCAUUAUCUCUAGAAAGCAUCCCUGUGAACAAGAACAUGAAACUGCUAGGUCUUCUUAUGACACUGUUUGCUCUUAGCUAUGCAAACUUGGACAAACAAGUUGUGUGUACAACCUUACGUGAACUUCUGAACAGGCUUGAAAAUCUUGAGAAGCAUGAGUUCAAGGCUUUCAGCAAAUCAGUACAAAUCCAAACACCGAAUGCAGAAAUACAGAAUGCACGUGAGUGUGACGCCUUACUUGCAAAACACCUGAAGCAUUUUAUAAAGUCAGUUAAAAGUGCAGUACCCAGAAACCAGUAUGCCAACAUUUUAGACAACGUGAAUAAGAUACUGCAGGAAACUGAAGUCAAGAAUGGGUCAAUCGUCACCUGCACCUUCACAACGCAUAACCUCACAAAAGUUACACCAGACGAUAUCAAGCCUUUGAUUCAGGAUAACAUUAAGUUCAUCCAAAAAAGGAAUGUGAUCUGCAAAUAGAAGAAUCUUGCAAGUCACAAAAGUAAACUAAACGGAUAUACUGCUAUGGAGAUGUGGAUUACAUAUUUAUUCAUUUGAAAUGUCUAUUUUUUUUUAACUUAAUAUUUAUAUAUCUAUUUAUUUGUUGGCCUAUUUAUUUAUUUAUUUAUUUUGACCAGUGUGUGUUGGUUGUUCUCUAUCCUCGAACUUGUUUGUAAAAUGAAAUGUAUCUAAUUCAAAAAAGUGAAUGUUAUUAUCUUCAUCACAGGAAGAAAAAUGAUCAACACUAUACUUUAUUUUUUAAAGUUUGUUCUUGUAUUGUAGCAAUACAAUCAUCUUUUAAGAUCCACAGAUUUUAUGAUGAACUGAAUUCUGAAUAAAAAGAAUAUAUUUAAGAUCAA